CGCAAACAUUCCAUCGAUAAUUUGAUUCGUCUGACUGAAUCGUUUGUCUUCGAGGACUGUCCAGAACGAGACGCGAGUACCGGUCGGCUCACCACGGCGGGGAUGAUACCCUGGAUCCAGAAACUGACGAUACUCGGAACGUGCCUUGUGCUGGGUCCUCACAGCAUCUACAUGUUUGUUAGGAGUAUCGGGACCGAGAAACUGGGACUCAGAAUGUGGACCCCGUACGACGCCAGACCGAGUCCAGUGCACGAAAUCACUGUCAUCAUUCAGGUGUUAUCAACUCUAGUCGACGUGACAAUUUUUACGGGAUUUGUCGGUCUCUACGCGACCCUGGUGGCCAUUGCGUGUACUCAGCUGGAGAAACUUCAAGAGGGUCUGAAAAACUUCAGGAAUGAAAAAGAGCUGAAACCCAACACGGAACAGGAAAAACUUAAGGAGCAUAUUCGAUUCCACCAGAGCAUUCUCAGUUUCAUGGGGGCCCUUGAAGACACCCUGAACAUCUUAGUCCUGGGCCACUUCCUAGUCAUCGUCGGAGCGCUCUGCUUCGGCGUUAUAUCUGCUGUAGCGAUCUGGGGAAACGCGGGAGAUUUGCUGCAAAUUAUAUUGGUAAUGUGUAGCAUAACCGCGCAACUCGGAAUGUACUGCUGGUUCGGAGAACGGCUUACGAAUCAGGCUGAGGGCGUUAAGCAAGCCGUCUGGGAGAGCGAAUGGGUAGGAGCACCCCUCCAACAACAGCGCGAUCUGGCGUUCGUGAUGGCCGAGGCGAACAAACAGUUCGUCCUGACGGCAGGGGGCUUCACAUCUCUGUCACACCACACACUGAUCAUGGUCGCCAACCAAGUAAUGUCCUACACCAUGUUCUUGGUCAACGUGAGAGACGAAAAUGACCGCGCGUAGUCUCGCUGGUGGAAGCAUUUGGAACGUAGUCAAGUAACUUCUGUAACACACAAGCCACUUCAAUUAUCAUCACAUAUCCCACUUCUAUCAGAAUUGUUUUUGUGCACAUUUUCAAUUAAAGAAAAACAUUGAAUUUGGUUUGUGACUUUCAUCGCUGUAAAGAGCUCAGUUCUCAGAACACUAUAUUAUUAUUAUUUAAAAACUGAAUAAUAUCCUGAUGUAUGAUAGUCUUAACAAUUCAAUUAUUGAAAUAUAUUAGCAGUUGAAUACUCA